AUGGUUUUCUCAAUCAAGAACUUGGCUACUGCCUCUACCUUCCUCUCCAUUGCUCAAGGAGCCGUGCUUGGAAAACGUGCUCUCUCGGGUCAAGCUACUACCUAUGGUGGUAAUACUCAAGGAGGAGCAUGUUCAUUCUCUACCUAUACCCUUCCAUCCAAUAUCUUUGGUACUGCGCUCUCUGAUUCCAACUGGGCUACUGCUUCGGAGUGUGGUCGUUGUGUUUCGGUUACCGGUCCUUCAGGUAACUCUAUUACUGCUAUGAUCACAGACGAGUGUCCCGGCUGCGGAACCAACCACUUGGAUCUCUACCCCACCGCUUUCACCUCCCUCGCUCCCCUCUCCGAAGGAAUCAUCGACAUAACCUGGGACUAUGUCGACUGUCCCAUCACCACCCCUCUCCAACUCCACCUCAAAGAAGGUGUCUCGGCCUACUGGUUCAGCAUGCAAGUCGUCAACGCCGCUGAAGGAGUUUCCAAGCUCGACGUUUCCACUGACGGCGGAUCCACCUGGCAAUCAACUACCCGCACCACCUACAACUUCUUCGAACACUCCGCUGGCUUCGGCUCUACCGUCAACGUCCGUGUUACCGGUUUGAGUGGAAAGACCGUCACCGUUAACAACAUCGCCGUCACUGCCGGAAGCGUCGUUACCGCAAGCGGAAACUUGGGAUCGGGAUCGGUAUCGGUAUCGAAGUCUGUUGUUUCAGAUGCCGCUGCUGCCAAUGAGGCGGUUGCAGAUGCUUCAACUACAAGCGCUACCUCCGCCGCAGUUGUUACACCUGUUUCUUCAUCUGUGGCCGAAGUUUCUACUACUGCUGCUGUCGUCGCACCAGUUUCUUCCCCUGCCUCUUCCAUCGCGGAAGUAUCCACCAGCGCCGCUGUCAUUGUCUCAUCUGCAACCGCAACACCAUCCACCACCAAGAAAGCCACUUCUACCGCAUUGGCUCACACAACCAAAGCUAGCGCAACCCAGAGUGUUGUGUGGGUUGACUCUGAUGAGUGCGAAACUGACUAG